AUGUCGGAAGACGAACGAGUUGGACACCGCGAACUACUUCAAGAUUUUAUAGAAAGCUACAGAAACGAAACUUGCCUUCGGAAGACUACAUGUAAGGAUUACCACGACCGCAACAAAAAAAAUGCCGCCUACGACAGGCUAAUCGUAAAAUACAAACCAAUAGAUCCAAAUGCCACCAGGGUUACAGUGGUUAAGAAGAUUAAUAAUCUUCGAACUACAUAUAAAAAAGAGCUCAAUAAAAUAAAAAAAUCGUGUAAAUCUGGAGCAGGGACUGACGAUUGA